AAAAAAUAACUACUCAUUAUUUAUUUAAUAAAUAGAUUAAUUCUUUAUAUUUUCGUUACAUUAUUAAUAUUCUUCACGUUAUCAUUUAAAAUACAAGGAACACAUCAAUGACGUAAUCACGAAGAAAACAAUAUCUACGUAUUUCUAACCUCUCAUUUACCGUUCGGAGAGCUAUAUGUGCCGAAUAUCGACUAUAUUGCAGCGUAGCAACAACUAUUUAUAAAAUGGACAGAGCUCUAAAGAGAUUUCUUCGGCUGUAUCCAAUAGCGCGCAAAUGGACAAAUUAUGUAGCACCGUUACAGUCGGUGCAGAGGGUAUCGUAUAGCACUAACUUGACAGAUCACACGCAGUUCGAAGAUUUUACGUUAUCGGUGAAAAGAGAUAUAUCUCGGGUGAAAACUCAUACGAGCCAUGAAUUAUACAAAACUAUGAAAAUGUUGGAGGAAACAGCAGCUUAUACAAACAUGACUCUGAGCGAAGCCAUGCACGUGAUAACUGUGCUAUUUGAAUCGAUCAAAAACGACCGUAUAAAAGAUAUAGAAGGUAUAACGAAACACAGCGGCUUUAUACGCCUGUGUGAGGUGUUAAAUAGACACAUCAGAGUCAUGAAUACGUCCGAGAUUAUUGAGUGCUUGAAAAUAUUUACAUAUAUAAAGGUUUCAAAUGACAGCAUUUUAAUUCAGUCAUUGUUACAAAUGAUUCGCACAACCGUGAACGAUAUAUCACUUCGAGAUAUAAUUUUUAUAGUCUUCUUAUUAAAGAAGAUGGAUAGCACGCCGCUGAGAGAUGCUUUACUGAUAGCUUUGCCUUUAGUGUUUGAGAUUCAGUUGCCCACAAAGUUGGAUUCGGAUGAUGUAUCUAUGUUGACGUCAUCGUUACAAUUUAUAAGUCAACGCAAUAUAAAUAAUUCAGAAGUACAAAAUAUAAUAUUGACAUCUUUACGGGAGCAUAGAAAUGAGUUGAAUGCAAAAAUGGCUCUGUCCAUCCUUCACAGCCUAUGUUCUAUGUCUGAUCUAUCUCCAAUAGCUAUCGAAGUGCUAUAUAAUGUACAAAAGGUUCUCACAAGCAACGCGAAAGAAUUGCACGUUCGUCAGAUAAUUCAGAUACUUCACAGACUAUUGCUUACUAUUAGAGACAACAAGAAACAUGGACACAGAUUUUACAAUGAAGCAUUGAUAGAUGCUUUUAUCAGCUCAGCGUUAUCUUCGAACAUUGAUUUUGCUAGUGGUGUCGAUCUACUCCAACUGUUGAAUGAUCUAAAUUACGUGCAUAUACCCUUGCUGGAGUAUUUAGCAGCGAAAUGUUUCGAGCAACCGUAUCUGUUGAAAGGGGCAUCGUAUACCAAAGUAUUCACAUUUAUAAAGGGAUUUAUUAAUGCAGAUUACAAGCCAGUAUUCUGGGACGUUAUACGAGAUGCGAUAUUGGCAAAUAACAUGAAGUUUGUCAGCAUUUCUACGAUCAAGUUUGCCCUACAUAUGAUUGCAUUGGAUUGUUAUAACCCGAGUUUACUCGAUAAAGUGUUCUCCUACAAUGUAAAUAAUAUUCCAAUGAAAGAUACAUGUGCCAGGGAACUAUUACUCUUGUACCAGAGUGUCAAGACGUUGUAUCCGAAUUAUAAUGGAUCGUGGCCGUCGCAAGACCUAAUUCAGCAUGCUAUCGAUCUCGGUACGACAAAACCUACAUAUUCUUUGAGAGGGGCAUUAGAACUGGCGUUAGGUGGUCCUCAAUAUGUCCAUAAUGACUUGAAAACUAAGCUUGGCCAUCAUAUUGAUCACGUUGUUAUAAUGAGAAAAGGUGGCUAUCCUAUUGCAAUUAAUACAAUUGCAUCUAAUAAGGUGAUCUAUGUUGAGGAUAUAGAAACGCCAAGUAUGAGUCAAAUAAUACUUAUUUUCAAUUUACCUGAUGCUGCUUACGCUAUAAAUUCGCAAAGAUUAAAAAGUACAUGGUUGCUGAAAAUAAAAUCCGCGGAAGCACUAACAAAUUCCAAUACAAUAGCAAUAAAUUCUAGUUCUUGGUUCAAGCUACCCGAAUAUGAAAGAGUUCCCUACUUGAUGCAAGCUAUAAAGCUUAAAUGUGAGGAUCUCUCAGUGUCAGAAUUAUGAACUGAAUUAUUGUAUAGUCAAUAUCACGAAAUUAUAUUUUUGAAAGCCGCUUCUUCAUAAAUAUUUUAUGAAGCUUCUGUGAACAUUACGAUUAUAACAAAUGUAUGUAAUUGGAUAUUACAUAAUGUAAUAUUUUUCAUGCAAACGACAAAUAUAUGAAAUAAGCAACAAAAUGAUUCCAAACUAUAAUAUACAUUUCAUUUAUGUAAAAACAGGAACAUUAAAUACUAUUAUUAUUAGGUGAAAUAAAUGAUUUCACAAAGUUCAUUUUUUGUAUAUAUAUAUAAUGUAUGUGGAUUACAGAUUUUAAGAGUAAAAAGUUAUAUAAAAAC